AUGGCUGAAGCUCGUGUGGGCUUGGGGAAGGUGGCUCUGUUCCGCCAGGAAUCGCCAGAAGGCCUCACCUACCGCAUCCCGGCUCUGAUGUACCUGCCUUCUGAGUCCAUGUUCCUGGCCUUUGCGGAGGAACGCUCUUCGCCCAGCGACGAUCACGCAAAAUCUCUGGUGAUGCGACGCGGGAAGAAGGAAGGAGAGUCUGUCCAGUGGGGUCCCCAAGAGGCCCUGGUGACCGCCGCGCUUCCAGAUCACCGCACCAUGAAUCCUUGUCCAGUCAAUGACAGAAAGAGUGGCAAAAUCUUUCUCUUCUUCAUCUGCGUUAAGACUCACGUCACGGAGCUGCACCAGAUCAAGUCAGGGAGGAAUGCUGCCAGGCUGUGCCACGUCUCUAGCGAAGAUGGCGGCCGCACCUGGAGCCAGCUGACAGAUUUGACCGACCAGGUGAUCGGAGACGACUUGAGAAACUGGGCCACCUUUGCCGUUGGGCCUGGCCACGGGUUGCAGAUGAGCUCCGGGCGCCUGGUGAUCCCAGCGUAUACGUACUACAUCCACAAGCGUAGCUGCGGCCUGCCAAUCUGCUGCUGCACCAAGCCUCAUUGCUUUAUUUUCUACAGCGAUGACAGUGGCCAGAGCUGGUCCCAGGGCCAGCUUGUCACGACCUUGCGAGCCGGAGAGUGCCAGGUUGCCGAGUUGACCCGCCAGGACAAUAGCCAUGUCUUGUACUGCAAUUCUCGCAGCCCAGACAAGUACAGGGUCGAGGCCUUCAGCACAGACGAUGGGAACCAAUUUGAGGAGUUCUUCCUAUGCAAGGACUUGCAGGAGACAGGGAAAGGUUGCCAGGGCAGCGUGGUGAGUUUCACCCCAGUGCCAUGGCCCUCGGAUCUGGACCACCAGAAGAAAGAGGAAGGGGGACCAAGUCAUCCACUCAACGUUUGUCCCUCAACUGCCUUGAACACCGCCAAGCAAUGGCUGCUUUUCUCUCACCCCACAGGCAGACGCAAGCGAGUCAACCUGGGCAUCUACCUCAACACCUCCCCGCUGGCCAAGGGCAGCUGGAAGGACCCCUGGGUGCUGAACGAAGGGCCCAGCGGGUACUCGGACCUGGCCGUGUGCGAAGAGAACCGCUCGCUGCUCUUCGGCUGCUUGUUUGAGAGCGGCGUGUCAAGCGAGCUGGAGGAAAUCGCUUUCCAGCUUUUCAGUAAUGCUGAGCUCCUGAGGAAUGUGAGGGAAGGUUGA